CAUUACUUCCCUUUCCAUUCUUGUUUCUCUCUCUGCAAGCACACAUUCUUUCUCUUCCUCACAGAAUGGUGGAGUAUACACUCUCACUCUAGUUUCACAAGCAGCAUCUCUCUCUCCAACUCUUUGCACAAACAGGGGAAGAUGAGGGAGAAGAAGCAAUGUUUGUAUCUCCUUCUACUCAUGCUUCUUGGCCUUGUCACCGAGGCAUCACAGGUAGGUGGCUUAGAAGAAGAGGUUAAGAGAGAAAAUGUCAGCAUGGUACCACUGGGUGGUGAAAAUGAUAUGAGAUUUGGAAUGAUAAUGGAGGAGAAGAGGAGGAAGCUCGGUGGGUUUCAUAUCUGUGCCCUCUGUACAUGUUGUGGGGGUCCCAAGGGCCUCUGCCUUCCCUCCCCUUGCUGCUAUGCCAUCAACUGCAACAUCCCUAACAGGCCCUUUGGAUUUUGCUCCUUCACUCCAAAAACCUGCAAUUGCUUUGGAUGCCAUCUCUAGUGAGUGACAAAAACAAGAGAGAGAAUACAAAAACCCCCAAAUUUUCAUUUAUCUUUCUUUUCUCUCUCUACAAGUUAGAAAACCCUAAGAAUUUUGAAUGGGUUUAUUUUCUAUCUCUGUCAUCCUGAAAAAGAGAAAAAAUGGGAAGACCCCAUAUUCUCUCUCUCUCUCCUGUUGGAUUUUUGGGGAUUUUCGCUUUUGUGGGGGACUUCGUAUAGGAGGGGUUGUAGAUGGGUUUGGGGAUAUUUGUAGGGUGCUGGUGUUUUAAUUAUGUAUGUGGUGAGAUUUAUUGGUAUUUGUUGUUAUUUAGUGAAUGGUGUCGGCCCCUCAAAUGAGGGCAGGCCAGCCAGGCUGUGCAUCGUUUUCUUGUUGGCUGACGGUUGGGUUGGGGUAUUUAAAGCAUUUGUGAGGUGUGUUUCGAAUUAUAGUGUUGUUUCUUCUAAUAUUAAUUAUUUUGUUCCUCUCAGCA